AUGAGAGAACCUUUGUAUGUAGAUGUAAGUUCGCUGAACCAUGUCCGUGUUCUUGGCCGUGGAGCUUACGGCUCUGUCUCUCUGGAGGAGCAUCCCCGCUACGGAUUCUACGCCAAGAAGAAAUCUUCCAUGCAUCACCGGGAGAAUCUCGAGAAGGAGCUCAGGAUCAUGCUUCGCUUCCGCAACCAUCCUCGCAUCGUUCAAGCCGCAGACGAUUGCCUUCACUUAGGAACCGAGUCCCAAGGAUGCUUCAUCUAUAUGGAGUACGCCUUCGAAGGCACUCUCCACAACAUCAUCUCCCGUUUCCGUGGAGAAUCCAUGCCUGAGUAUGUGAUCCAACGCGCCUCUCGUAUGAUCCUACAAGGACUUCAGAUGCUUCACUCACGCGGUUACGUUCACUGCGACCUCAAGCCAUCCAACGUCCUCGUCUUCCCUUCCACCACUCAAGGAGAGCCAUGGGAUCUCAAAAUCUCUGAUUUCGGUUCAUGCAAAGAACCUAACACGGAUCAUGCACCGUUCUGUGGCGGCACGCCUAAAUACAUGUCACCGGAGUCUUUUUGGUAUGGGCCAAAGGGACAGAUCCAUCCGGCUUUUGAUAUAUGGUCUUUAGGGUGUGUCGUUUAUGAGAUGUUUGGAGGUAAAGCCAAGCAGGAGUAUCUAGAAGAGUAUUACGAGUGGAAGUUGUUUAAAGAUAUCUCUCCGGCGGCUAAUGACUUUUUGAAGCUGUGCCAUGGUUGGCAUCCAUCAAACAGGGAUACGGCUGAGCGACUUAACCAGCCGGUAAGGGCCACGGCGGCUGAGCUCUUGAACCAUCCUUUUGUUACGCAACGUCUCGAUGUUCCACAUUGCCGAUGCCAACCACAAGACAAGAUUGGCCAAAACUUCCAGAUUUUCUCUGGUGGUAGGUGUUUGAUCUAG